GUACAAUGAUGAUUAUGACUAUAGUGAUGAUGACUGUGUGGUUCAAUGAAUCAUGUGACUUUUCAUUUCAUUCAUUCAAACAAAUAAACAAUUGAAUUUUGAACACAACAAAAAUAACAGUUGUAUUCAAUUUAAUUUACACCACACUCACUACACAUGAUAAUCUUGAAUGGAUAUUAUUGAUCUGUGAUCAUUUUAAUGCUUGAUCAGCAUCAUCGUCAACAACCAGUGAAUAAUAAUAUAAAACGUUUUAAUUGUCUUUCAACAUCAAAACAUCAACAUCAAUCCAAAAUAAUAAAUGUAACUGUGAUUAAAGCCAAAGAAAAAAAUACGCCUUUAAGUUUGAGUACAAAUAAUAUUUGUGAUAUAGAAGUUUCUUCUUCAUCUUCUCCUGAUAUUAUGGAUAAAUGUAAUAAAAAUAUAAAUAAUCCUGGUGAUGAUGCUGUCGUUGUGUACUCUUCACUAACUGCAAUAUCCUGUGAUACUUCCUCACAUUUGUUAAACAGCGGCAAUACUAACAAUACUGAUAAUUCAGAUUAUGGAAGCCUGUCUUUACCAUCGACUAAUUCAAGAUCAUAUGCUAAACAAUUUAUUGAUUUAUUUCCAGUUCUAAUGACGAAAAGGAAGGCAUUCAAUUAUUUCCAGAAAACUUCAUCGUCGAUAACACUGACAGAAUCUUCACGGAAUCAUUAUAAUGAUUUAUGGGUUGGUUCAUUGAACCUCAGAAGAACAGCUAAACCGAAUUUGGAGAAUGAAUAUCAUCGAGAAAAUUCUUUGAAGCUUUCAAUUUUAGAAGCAAGAAACCUUCUCCCAAAGCGUCGUUAUUAUUGUGAUAUAUGUCUGGAUCGAACUCUGUAUGCACGAACAACUAGUAAAACAGCUGUAUCUGAAAUAUUUUGGGCUGAAGAUUUCAACUUAAAUAAUCUUCCAGAUGUUUCUGUGAUGACAAUCAGUUUAUAUCGAGAUAGCGGAUCAAGUGGUAAAGAUGCUCGACGGAUAGGAACAUCAAGAAUCAGUUUAAGAAAGUACAGAAAAGCUCCAAAUCAACUAAUCGGUUAUAUUACUAUUCCUAUAUCUGAAAUAACCAGUCGGACAGAUAUUCAAACUUGGCUAACCCUACAACCGCCAACAGUUGAGAAUACGUCAAGUCAAGAUAAUCUUCUCAAUCACCUCGGUACAAUGAUUUACACGGCGGAGAAUAAUCAUCAGUCUGCUGGUAGAUUGAACUCUAGUAGAACAAUAAGCAGUAAUAAUAAUAUUAGUAGUAGUAGUAGUAAUAGUAUUAGUAAUAAUACUAACACUGGCAGUACUGGAGUUGUCGCAGACCAACGAAAUUUACCCCAACUACGUAUUCGUGCACGUUAUCAAUCACUUGGAAUACUACCGUUGUGCAAUUAUUGGCCGCUGAGAACACUUAUAUUAAGUCAUAGUUUAUUACUCACGAAAUGGUUAGAAUCUUUAUUAUCUGUAAAAUUCAAAGAAGAGAUUGCUAAUUCUCUGGUUUGUCUACAUGAACACAAUAAUACACUAAUCGAUUUUUUAACGAAUCUUGUUGUACGAGAAGUUUCUAAUCUCGAAAAUGAUUCAAUGGCUUUUCGAUCGAAUACAAUGGCAACAAAAGCUGUUGAAUGUUAUGUUAAAUUUGUUGGUUCAUCGUAUCUUCAUCAAUUACUACAUCUUUUUAUUCAACGUGUACUAACUUGUUUCACAUUAUGGGAAGUUGAUCCUGACAAGCUGACAGCAACACAAUGUAUGACUGGUUCAUUGACUGCCUCAGAUACUAGCGCAUUCGCCAUAUCUCCUGUGAAUAUGUUAAAAUGCUUUAAACCAAUUAUACCGGGAAGUUUAAUCAGUAAUCAGAUAAUACUGCUACGCUACUUUGAUGCUGUUUGGCGGGCUAUACAAUCAAGUUUAAAUUAUUUUCCCAGUGUCCUCAUUGACUUGUUCAGUUCAUUUCGUACAGUGCUGGAGAAAUCACGUGGAUCAGAAUUCUGUGAUAAUUUAAUCUCAAGUUGUAUAUUUCUACGCUUAAUAUGUCCAGCACUACUGUCGCCAUCAUUAUUUGGAUUGAUUAGUGCAUUUCCUAGUGAACCAGCUUGUCAGCGUAAUCUUACCCUAUUGGCGAAAUCUCUACAGACAUUGGCUAAUUUUAGUACUUUCGAUGAUAAAGAACCAUAUAUGAGAUUUUUAAACGGUUAUGUUACCUCUCAAUUGUCUUCCAUGCGUUCAUUCAUUCGAUCAAUAUCAACUUCGUUAAAUAAUAAUAAUAAUAAUGAUCACACUAUCGAUAAAGUGAAUGUUAUUAACGGCGCUGAUACUAAUCUGGAAGCUACUGGUAUCAGUAAUGCUGUGUCUAACUCUCUGCCAGCUACAAACCCUGAUCAAACGAGAUCCACCCUAACUACAACACUACCAACAACAACACCAGCAAAGGCGGCAACAUCACAGAAUAACAUUAAAGAUACAAUUGAUGAAAAUUGUGAAUUAGCUAAUUUGCAUGUCAUCCUAUCAGAUGUUAUAUUCCGUGAUUCAUUGACAAUUCCUUCAGUGACCACUACUAAUAAUACUGCUCCUGCUGUGAUGAAUAGUAACAAUGAACACAAUGGUAUAACAACAGAUGCACAGGAUGUCAAUUCAAGUGGUGGUCAAGGAAUAGUUUCCCCGAUUUUUCUUAAACCUGUUUGCCCUACGAUUGUAACCAGUUUACCAGAAGAAUUAUGCUCUCUACCAAGGAUAUUGGAUGAUAUUUCACGGGCUUUACAACAGAUCACAUCCAAUGAAUGUAAACAAUAUGAGAAAACAUCAGUCAAUCACACAAACACAAUUGUGAAUAAUAACCAUUACAAUUUAUCACAUCAUCAUCAUCAUCAAAAGGGAGGUGGUAGUGUUAUACAGUCAAAUGUUUCACCCUCUUCAUCGAAUCCAAGGCAUAAGAGUAAAAGGCUUAAUAAUGACAGAGAACAAUCCCUCAGUCCAAUUCAUCACACUCAUCAUUCUCAUCAAUAUACAUCAACUGGUGGUGGUAAUACACCAUACUAUACUGUGCAUUAUAAUCCAGGAUUUCAUAAUCCUGAUAGCUGUUGUAAUAAAGCUGGACUGAACCAUAACGCCAAUAACACCAGCAGCACCAUGAACAACAAUAACAACACCAACAACAACACUGGCUUACUUUUACCACAAUUAAAACAGUCAGCCUCAUUGACUGGCCUCCCAUCGGAUGUAUCACAAUCAAAUCCAAAUGAUUAUGAUGAACCGUAUAUUAGUCCUGAAAGUGAUUGUGAUAUGCAUGAAACUGGUGGUGUCAACUCUGAUCAUGAAGUAAGUAGGAGUAAGAAGGCACAAACACUAAGUAUUACAUCGGCUUUCCAGUCAUACUCCUCGUCAUUAUCGAUCGCAAACAACAACAGUAGUCUGAUAACAAACUACAACACCAACAACAAGACGAAUAGCUAUUCACCAAAUGAUAAGAAGAACAUCUAUGAUCAUAAAGCAAUAAGUUUGGAUAAAUUAAAUAAUUCUGAUACAGAACAUAUUUAUGAUAUGGUACCAUUAUCUUCAUCGUCGUCGUCGUCGGCAUCAUCGUCACCCUCGGUAUCUCCAUCACGUGAAGCAAUACACCACAUGAUGAAUGGAGUCACUGUGGCGAAUGAUUCAUAUAUUCACCAAUCAGAUCAAGUAUCUAAUUGUAACAUUGAUAAAACAUUAAUAUCAACGAACCAUGUAACAUUGAACAUAGAAAAAGAUAAUGAUACAAUGAUUCAAACAAAAACUGGUGACGCGGCAAAUUCAAAUAUUAUUGAACAAACGCCUACUUCACUAUCGUCAUCAUCAUUAGCCUUGUCGAAUAAAGUAACAACAUCCAAUGAUGAAAAUGUACAAUAUAAUAAUCAUCAUCAUCAUCAUCAUCAUCACGAUGAUGAGGAUGUUGCUGUCGAUGACGAAAUCAAUAAAUUCAAUCAAAGAAGCGUAUGCAAAAGUAUUUCGCCGAGAUUAUUUCUUAAAAAACAAGUGACAACAGCCAAUGUCAUCUUAACAAAGCCUAAUGUGAUGUCGUCUUCAUCAAUUGACACGACGAAAAUAUCAAAAUUGACGACAACAACAACGCCACCAACACAUUUUCGAUCAAAUAGCAGUAGUCGUGAAAAUAUGUUCGACAGUAAUAUCAAUGGUGAUCACUUCUCAUUUGGUGCAUCGAAUACUGUCCAGGUGAAUCUUACACAUCACUCUCCAACUCAUAAAGUGUAUAAUAAUAGUAAUACUAAUGUUAAUAAUGAUGAUGCUGUUGAUAAUUUCGUCUAUCGUCAACAUACUCAUCGGAAAAAUGCUUCAGCUGAAGAAUUGUACAGUUAUACACCACAUUCAGAUCAUAGUAAUUAUGAUAUAAAUGAUACUGGUGAUGAAGAGAAUUCCACAUCGACCACGAUGAAUUCAAUGAAAGCUACUACUACUACUACUAAUAAUAAUCAUAGUCAUAGAAAACAACCCUCAGAGUUGGCUGUCGAAAUAGCCCUACUACGCUAUGAGCUACUGCUAUCUCGUCAAGAUGCACUACGUGCUGCUGAUCGAUUGAGUAAACAAGAGACAGAAAUUUAUCAGCUACGUCAAUUAUUAGAACAAUUACGUAAUAACAAUAAUAGUAAUAACAAUAAUACUAGUAGUAAGAGGAGAAAUAAACAAUCAAUCGAUAACAAUUAUGAUACAGUGUUGUUGAAUACUACCACUCAUGUUAAUGAUGAAAUAAUGAUGAGUGGCAGUCAACAGGUCAACAACAGUGAUCCUGAACUCUCCAGUGUUAAGAAACAAAAUAGCGCCUGUAGUGGUGGUGGUGGUGUUAAUAAUUCUUUACAGAAUCCAUCAAAUACUCAUUCAAAAGUUUUACAAAGUGUAACAGCUACAUUCAAAGAGUUGGAUGAUGCAAUGGCAAGAUUAGAAUUAGAACAAAGUGAACUACUCCGUGAACAGGCUAGAAUACGUGCUCGAAUCGCUGCAACACAUCGACAUCAACAUCAACAUCACCACCAACAACAACAGCAACAGCAACAACAACCAAUCACAUCGUGUACACAAUCCAUCAUCAAUCCUACAGUAGUCUCAUCUAAAAGUAAAUCUCUUAUACGUCCAAAAUGCUUUCAAUCUUCUAUCCCAAAAAUUUUAAUCAAUUCUGAGAAAAAUCGUGACCUACCGAGUCCUGGCCACAUAAAUUAUGCCAAUUCAUCUCGGACUAAUAGUAAUAAUAAUUAUAUUCAAAAGGCCGGCAUAUGUAGUGAAUUAAAAAGCGCGCCAAAAAAAUAAACCUGUUCAAUGUUCAAUACAUGGAUAAAAGCAUUUAUUAUUGUUGUUAUCAUCACUAUUUUUUCGUUGAAGAGAAAGAUAAAAUGAACACAUUGUAAUUUUUUUCUUUCUUCUAAAAUGAUGCAUUUCGAUUAUUCACGAUUGAUCCCGUUUUUGCGCGCUUUUUAAUGUUAUGUAUGGAAAAAGACCAAUCACGUAACUAUGACAACACUGUAUUCAUAUUGUACAUUGUGUCAUUUUAUCCUAUGUGAAUUAAUUUUGACCCUUUAGCUUUGUACUUACUAUAGGUGGUUUAUUGGUGUCAAUAUGAAACUUACUCACCCCUCCCCGAGACUCCCUCCCCUUCCUUUUUCUAAGUAGAGAUCAUUAUUCCGAUUGAUUGUAUCUCUUGUUUUUUCGCCCAGUUGUUUGUACACUCUACAAUGAAUGUACAAUAAAUAAAUAAAGUUCCUUUCAUUUCCUGAGUUCCGAGAAGAACACGGGACUCUUCAGACUUGAAGGGAACCUUUGAAGUUUCAGUGGCUUUCGUACAUAUUUUCUUCAAAGUGUAUGUGACAGGGGUGGGGUUACUAGUCUCAUGACCCCUAACCUUCCCUCUGUAUUUGGUUUACUAUCUGUUGGUCAGGCAAGUUGUGAGAGUAGUACGUCGACGCCACGCAAAUCGAACUCAGGACCAUGUGGAGUGUGGUUGGUUGGCUAGCGAGCACAUUCUAACCCUCGUUAACCCCUUAUUUUCUUGAUCCUUCCAAUUUUAUUGAUGAUUGCUAAUGGUUGGUAGUCAUUCUGAUAAUAAUGUGUAUUCUGUGAUAUUUUUUGUGAUAUUUAGGUUCACAAGCUUCUUAAUACUUGUGGUGAUGACAGUAGUAGUUAUCACGAAUAGAAAGUUUCUAAAAUUCAGAUAAAUAAACCUUGGUAAAAUAUUUGACUUGGUAAUUUUACGCAUAUAUGCAGAUAUGAUGGAGAGGAGAUUUGUAGCUCGGUUGGAUGAUUUUCAUGUCGUUGUGUU